UGACUUCCUCAUUUACAAGUUAUUUCUUGCAGGCUGUUGGAAAAAGCAGCACAACUUUGAAGGAACUUCACCUCUCUACACUUUCAUCUUUCAUCUGCUCAAAAGACCUGAACAAAAUAUGGCUGCAGGUCUGACUCUCCAUCUCAUUGGCUGUCUGCUGCAAAGUGCCUUGUGUGGACAGUUUGGGGUCACUGUGCCGCAGACUAUACAGGUUCUGAGAGGAUCCUGUGUGACCAUCCCCUGCUCUUUUGAUGUAGAGAACAACUAUGAAUCAAACUUGGAUAACACAUGUAAAGCAUUAUGGAAAAAUGAUCAAGACACUGUUGUGUUUAAUAGCAGUGCUCCACAACAAACUACAAUAAAAGGAGAAUUGACAGGAGACCUAAUAAAAAAAGACUGCACCACAACUCUGAAUAACAUGCAACCUGAACACAGCAAGAAAUAUUCCUUCAGAGUGGAAUGCAACAACGCCCUAAAAUAUGGUUUUCUCCAAAAAUUGGAAAUUGCAGUCCAAGAUGGUCCUCCCAGACCAACUCUGACUCCGUCCACACUGAAGGUGAAGGAGGGAACCUCAGUGAAUGUGACGUGUUCUGCUCCAGCUCCCUGUCUGUCUCAUCCUCCAACUCUGACAUGGACCCCCAGCCUUGGUGACAUUCAUGAGACACUGCAGGAGAAUCAGGACAAAACUAAAUUCAAGACCUCUGUUCUGACCUUCACUGCCUCUCACCUCCGUCACAGACAAGAAAUCUCCUGUACCGCAGUAUACAACAAACAAGAUGGCAGCACUGAGUCAUCUGUUACCACAAGAUUAACAGCUGAUAUUUCAUUUGCACCACAGAUCCUGCCCUCAUCUGAUUGCACUAAAACCAAAACUGCAAGUCAGUUCAACUGUUCCUGUGAGACUUCAGGGAACCCCUCUCCCACUUUACAGUGGUAUUUGGAUGGAUUACAUGUCAAUCACUCUGACAAGAUUGCAGUCAGCAAUGAAUUUCUAAAUGACACAAGCCUGAGGAGCUUCAUCACUGUGAGUCAGCCAAAUCUUUCCACCUUGCUCUGCUGCAGCUCCAACUCCCUGGGAUCUGCUACUCAGCGAUUUUAUGUCUACAUCCUUCAACUUCAAACAUCUGCAGAAGACCUUGGGAUGUUGACAUUGUUCAUCACCACAGUUGUCGCACUACUGGUGCUAGUGUGUGCUCUGCUUGCAGUGAUCAGGGCUCAGAAGACUCACCAUAACCUUCCAAAGAGCACAGCUUCUAUGAACCAACUUCUAACAAGUACAGAGGAAAAUGAGGUACCCUAUGCAACAGAAGAGGACAUUUAUGUCAACACCACUGUGCUGAGACUGGCAGAUGUCGCCCACCAGGCAACUAUCUCUGAGCCAAACAGCACCUACUUGCCAAGCUCUGGGCCAAACGAUGCAGGAGUCAAGAAAAGCUCAGAGGAGAAGAAUGAGGAAGGCAGCAAUCUGAUUUAUUCUACUGUGACGUGGAAGGGCAAAAAAAAGAAGAGAGAAAACUAUGUGGACACGCAUCAGCCUGGGAGCUCCUCUUUGGAGGAGAGGUGCAUGGUGGGAGCCACGUGCAGAGAUUUUGUGAGCAGCGCGCUGGAGAUGGGAAGCUUAUAUGGUGAAGGAAAUGUGAAGAAGAAAGUGGAAUGUGAAUAUGCCAGUGUUAAAUUUAAAAACAAACAUUAGAUCAGUUUUAUUUGCUGUGUCUAAUUUUGAAAAAUAACUGUUUGUUUUUUUGUUGUUGCUUUCAAUUCAGCUAUGACAUGGACAUUCAGAUGAACAGUUUGUUUGUUAAGUUUUUUAAGAUCUUGACAGAUUUUUUGUCUGUUAAGAAUUUUGUUUUAAGUGCAUAAUAUAUUGUGGUUUCACAUUUAUUUUUACUUAUAAUAAUGUUUGGUAUGUGGGGUAUAUGGGGUCGUGAUGGAAAAAGUGUAUAAGACCCAGGUUCAAUUCCCCACUGUGACACAUCCACCAAUGUCUCCCUGAGCCCUCAUAGCUCCAGAGGUGUGCGACCUUUGACGUACAUAGCAAUUGAUAAAAGCGUCAGCUAAAUGAAUAAAUAUAAUGUGUACAUUGAGAGAGUCCUUGCUGUUUUACAUUUAUUUGGUUGUGUGACAUAUUUUUUAUCACUUACUUUUUGCUAAAUCUAAACUGGCUAUAGAUGUAUAAACAUGAAAACAGAGCAAAAGAGAAUGUAUAUCUCUAGAAUUGCAUCUGUUUCAAGACAAUAGUUGAAUGUUUGCAUCAAUGUUCAAUUUUAAUUUAAUAUAUCUUUUAAUGUAUUUUACACUUUCUAACAUGUACUGUCCAACAAGUGGUGGAUUGUUUAGAAUACCAGCUUUUACAAACAGCAAGAGAGUCUCUCUUUCAGACUUUUUCAACGUUCAGGCUGACUGCUUUAAAUGAGCUCAGCAAGUUUCCUGUUGACUGAAUAGAACAGAGGAGGUGUAGAGGGGAUUAGAUGGUGGUAAAGUAGACUUGACCACAGUAACAGACCAGUGGGCCAUCACAUACACGUUCAUGCUGCAGCUCAGCUGGUAAGGUAAGCCCUCUUCCUCCUCCAUAUCAGUCAAAGAAAAAUAUGAAUCCAGAGUGUUUUUCACAUUCUCAAAGUUAUUUCGACAGUACUCACUUUGUGAUGAAAUGUUACAGAGUAAUGGUCUGUGGCUGGUAUUAACUGGAAAUUAAGAAAUAUAAAAUAUAUAAAAAAAUAUGUAGUAUAGUGAUAGAUUAUGACUCGCCAUUAAACAUCUGUUCAGUAUUUUCAACACCUGUGCCACGGUGUAAAAGAGCAUAGGUAUGUGUAAAGAUUAUUCAAUACACGAUCACCAAAAUCUAACUGUAGUAAAAUUGUUACAGCUGAUGUGUUUCAGAAAUUAAGAGGUCAAACUGUGACUUACUGAAUGGUGUACAGCGACUGCUUUCUUCAUGGGGACUGCUCAUCUGCUUAGACUGCUAAGCUUGUUUACUGGUAAUAUUGAAUGUUAUCUGUUUGUAUUGCUGGUUCUGUUGCUGAGUAACAUUUCAAACAUAUAAAAGAAAAUGCUAAUGUUUCACAUCUUAGUGUCAUCUUAAAAAGCCCAAUAAAAAAAUUCUGAGAGUUGGGCCUAGAACAGGAAAAAAUAAAAGAAGAAACAGUUUCAAACCUGGAUAAUUCUCAUAUACAAACAAUAUAUCAAUUACUGGCGCUCUUCAUAACCUCAUAACAUAACUAUUAGAACCAUGAGGUACCUUUUUUUCACGGGGAUACUUUUCACUUCCUGACACAAAAAUUCAUAAUUGUGUAACCAUGGACCUGCAGAUUGUUUGAUAAAAUGGUAAUUGAUAAAAAAAAGUAUUUUAAAGUAUUUGCAGCUUUUUUGAUAUUGUAAAAAGUAUUGUUCCACAGUUUUUGCAAUGUAGUGUUUGCACAUAAGAAAAAUGGUGAUGUAUGGUUCUUGUAUGUAAUAUAUUCUUGAAGAAAAAUCACAAUCUUGUACCUUUCAUUCAAUAUGGUAUGUUACAGCAAUAAAUUUGUUAACUUUGU